AUGCCUUGUUCGGUCCAGGAUCUCGGACCGCCUGCCUCACCGGGCUUAGCAGGGUCUCCCCCGGCUUCGGCCUGGGUUAUCAACCCUGGAAUUCUCUCUGCGACUCACUCCGCCCGAGAUGAUGUUAACCUGGAAUGGGCUGUUGAAAAAGUCAAUCCGUGGGAUGAUUCAUCCGCUUCUUCCAAACAUGGCUCCCAGCUGAUAUUACGAUAA